AUGGAGGCAGAAAUUAAGUUAUGGAUUGCUGACAGGCCACCAGCAGAACGCUUUCAGAUUUCAGAGAAACGUGUGAAAGAGAAAGAGCGGAAUGAUACAUACAAAUUCCAAGCCAACAGUGACAUUAGCUUCCCCAUAGAAGUGGGACUAAGAAGAGACAGGGCUGCGGAAGAGGAUGGGCUGGCAUCUUCCCGGUCCUGCCGUUGUUCCCGCUGGUGCGCUCCUUCCAAAGGCAAUAGCGCCACCCCUCCACCCCCCCUUCUAGCUGUGAUUCUGCUAAAAGAUCUGGAGAGAGAGCUUGAGGAACUCCAGCAUGAGAUGGUAGCCCACAGACACAGACAAGAAAUCCUCUCUAAAGAGACAGUCCCUCUAGGAGAGCAGACAUCACUGAGCCCUCAGUCCCAGCACACACGUGGCCCUGCUCAGGAGCCCAACCCUGUUGGAAAUACAGUUCAGAUACAAAUAUGAAAUUUAGGCAAAAGGGCAAUGCUGAUCUUAAUUGUGGCCCAUCUCUUCUCUGCAGACACACUUCUGUUUUCCAAACCUGUUUUGAUCUCCCAGCUGGAAGGUGGAGAAGAGCCAUGGUCUAAGAACAGAGGAGUCCUAACAGAAGAAGUAACCAAGACUGAGGACAGAGAGUUGGUGCUAAGGAAAGACUGUCCUAGGAUAGUGGAACCACAUGGGAAAAUGUUUCAUGGACAGAACUGGGAGAUAUCACAUCAGCAUCCUCGACAUGGAGAAGUUGGUGAACAUAAGGAAUGGAUAAAGAGGCAGUGGGAAAACUCCUUAGGAAAGGAACAACACAAAUGUAAUGAAUGUGGGAAGAGCUUUGCUCAGAGCUCGGGUCUCAUUCGACAUCAAAGAAUUCAUACAGGAGAAAGACCCUAUGAAUGUAAUGAGUGUGGGAAAACCUUUAGUAGUAGUUCGAGUCUUUUUAAUCACCGAGGAAUCCACAAUAUAAAAAAAUGGUACCACUGUAAGGAGUGUGGGAAGGCCUUCAGUCAGAGUGCAGGUCUUAUCCAGCAUCAGAGAAUCCACAAGGGAGAGAAGCCCUAUCAGUGCAGCCAGUGUGAUAAGAGCUACAGUUGGCAUUCAUUUCUCAUCGAGCAUCAGAGAAGCCACACUGGGGAGCGACCCCACCAGUGCAGUGAAUGUGAGAAAAGCUUCAAUUGCCACUGCAACCUUAUUCGACAUCAGAAAAUCCACACAGUGGCUAAACUGGUCUAG